CUGUUUAAUUAAAAAGAAAAAAACCAAUAUAUCUAGACAUUUCUGAUGUGUUAGGAUUCAUUCAGCUCUUUUGUUUGCCGGUAUGUAACCAGUUAACAAAAAGCUCAACGUUUUGGCAAUGCCAAACCCCCCCCCCCCCAUCGCUCUUACACAGGGAGACAGAGCAGAUAUUCGUAAACAUGAUGCAAUUGUUCAAACAACGGCGCUCUGUGAACGCAUCUGCAGUUCUCCUCUCGUUUCAUAUAUCACAUGCCGUGUGUGUUGUUGUGUUUUUUUGUUUGUCGUCGUCCCCUCUUAUUUGCACAUUGAGUUGCUCGGGAUCGGAACGGGUUAACGGAGGAGUAAAAGAUUGCCAGCGACUUGGGAUCUGACGUCAGCGCAAGCGAAAAGGCAAGAAGAGACCGCGGGACGUCGGGACAUACGUACAGUAGACACACACGGGGGAACACACGCCGGGGCACGGUGAUUUCUAAUACUAAUUCAUUAUUAUUUUUAUUAAAGAAAGAUUACGUUUCCCGGGACCGUUCUGAUCAAAUAUCACCGCACAGUCCGCCUCCGUGAGAUACGAUGCGUCCGUUGUGUGUUAUAAGGACACCGAAGGAAGCGUGAUGUUUUUAAACAUUUGCUGAUCAGAUUUGUUUAUUGUUCUUGCAAGUGUGGAAGAUGGCAGCGAACAUGUACAGGGUAGGAGAUUAUGUUUACUUUGAGAACUCUUCCAGCAACCCGUAUUUAGUGAGACGAAUAGAAGAGCUGAAUAAGACUGCAAAUGGAAACGUGGAAGCCAAAGUGGUCUGUUUCUACAGGAGACGGGAUAUCCCCAGCAACCUCAUUGCACUGGCUGACAAACACUCAAAGGAGCUGGAAGAGGAGAUUGAAGGGGAGAGUUUGCAGCAGCUGACUGAGAGACAGAUACAUCAGCUGAAGCACAGAGAGCUCUUCCUGUCCAGGCAGCUGGAGUCACUACCAGCCACCCACAUACGCGGGAAAUGUUGCGUCACUCUGCUGAAUGAAACAGAAGCACUCUUUUCCUACCUAGACAAGGAGGAUGGUUUCUUCUACUGCCUGGUCUAUGAUCCUCAACAGAAGACACUGUUGGCGGACAAGGGCGAGAUCCAAAUUGGGCCGCGAUUCCAGGCCGAUAUCACAGACCUCCUGAAAGAAGGUGAAAGCGACGAUAGGGAUCAGACAGAACUGGAAACAAAGAUCUGGGACCCGGAAAGUCCAUUAACUGAUCAGCAGAUAGACCAGUUCCUGGUUAUUACACGCUCUGUUGGUACCUUUGCCCGUGCACUAGACUGCAGCAGCUCCAUCAGACAGCCCAGUCUGCACAUGAGCGCUGCGGCUGCAUCAAGAGACAUCACCCUGUUCCAUGCUAUGGACACCCUGCACCGGUGCAACUAUGACAUGUCAUGCGCGAUCACCGCCCUGGUGCCUCAGGGGGGCCCUGUGCUGUGCCGGGAUGAGAUGGAGGAGUGGUCCGCCUCCGAGGCAAACCUCUUCGAAGAGGCGCUGGAGAAAUACGGCAAGGAUUUCGCCGACAUUCGACAGGACUUUCUACCUUGGAAAUCCUUAACCAGUAUUGUAGAAUAUUACUACAUGUGGAAGAUCACUGACAGAUACGUGCAACAGAAACGUUUAAAAGCGGCCGAAGCAGAAAGCAGACUGAAGCAAGUUUAUAUCCCAAACUACAAUAAACCCAACCCAAACCAGCUCGAUAUGAACAAUGUGAAGACAGACCUGGUGAAUGGGUCAGGGUCUCAGGGCCAGAACAGCAGCGAUGGCCAGGCCUGUGAAAGCUGUUACUCUACCCAGUGCUCUCAGUGGUACUCCUGGGGUCCUCCCAGCAUGCAAUGCAGGUUGUGUUCCAACUGUUGGAAUUACUGGAAGAAGUACGGUGGCCUGAAGAUGUCAACAAGACUGGAGGGUGAGAGGCUGGGGCCCAGUAGGAACAGCAUGAGCCCCUUUGGAUACUGGGUAAAGAACGCCAACCCCAAAUACACACUGAAAACCAAGCAGGCCUUCUACCUCCAGACUACCACGCUGACCAGAAUCGCCCGCCAGCUGUGCCUGGCCCUCCUGCAGCCUCGCCGGGCAGCUCGGAGGCCCUUUGUACCCGUCAACAGCGCAGAGAUCAAAGCACAGCGCUCGGCAAUGCUACCUGACGAAGCCAAGCAGUUAGUCAAAAUGAGGCCGAUGGUGAGGAAGCCCUUGGAAACGAUUGUGAAAUACAUGGAGCUGCACCCCUAUGUCAAGCCGGUCAAAUCUACCGUGAGCCUUAUUUCCCACAAGGGCAGUGCCAGCGUGGCAAAAGUGACCCCGGUCAUCAGUCUCGGCUCCACCACCAUCCUGGGCAAGCGCAGCUACGAGCAACACAACGGAGCUGAAGGUCACUGUCUCGGAAAUAUGAAGAAAAGGCUACUGAUGCCAUCUAGAGGUUUGCCAAACCACAGUCAAGGGCUACAGCUUGCCAGCCUCGAUAAGAGUUACCUACUCAAUGGAAAACCCUAUGAGAGACCCCAGCGAAUAAUAAAGCACGGCUCUCUACCGCCACUCAAGGACCGGAGAAUGAACUGGAUCGACGCUCCCGACGACGUUUUCUUCAUGGCCACUGAAGACACCAGAAAAGUCUGCAAACUCCUGGCUUCCUUCGAUGUGAAGAGAGCAGCCAGACAGCCUUACAAACAAAUCUUCAUCAAGCACGUUGAAUCCGAGCUGGACGUCCCAGCACAGCUUCGACACCCAGCCAACGAGGAGCCCAUUGUCAUCGAAGACUAAACCCUCCUUCCCCCUUCGCUCACAAGCCGUGUGGAUUUAGAACAAAGCAACCGCUGAGCCUGUAGCGGCCGCGGUGCGUUAGACCUGCAAAAUACUGUAACGACCCCCGCCACCAGGAACGAAAACAAGGAGUUUGGUCGCCCGUAUUUUAAAAAUAAACUUUAUAAAACAAAGGGAAAGCUGGAGCAGAACUUUGAAAACUUUGAAUGGUUUUAAAUCGAGACGACCACUGGGAAUUGGAGAUCCAACAUCAAAAUGGGAGUUUUGGGAAUUUAAAUUUUUUUUUGUACAAAUUGAGUGUUUUUUCUUUUUUCAUUUUUUUUUUUGGGGGGACGGGGGGACGGGGGGGACUUUGUCUGGGUGUGUGUGUUUUCACAGAAGGUGGUUUUGCUGGAUUCAUCAUAUGUUUGUACUCCAGUGCGAGUUCAUGUUGUCGAAGGAAAGAACUGGUUGCAUUGAAGACAUUCCUAACCUGACGCUACAAGGAGCAGCAGACGGAUGUCUCUUUGGUUCAUUACAUCACGGACCGGCUUGAGGGGGGGGGGAAAUAAAACUUUGCAUGGGCUGCUGCUGAAAUGUGGAGUUCAAAGAUUGGAAAACUAAGACUGCAGUGAUUCAGUCAUUGUGAGCAGUUAUGGCUUCUAUUUCUCCAUUUUUAUUAGAAAUAUGCUUUUUACCUGGUUUUGAGCUUACCUGGAGAACCAGUCAGGACCAGACAUCCUUUCUCAUUCCAAUUAAAACACGCGACUUUGGGACUUUUCAACU